UCGGCGCUGAGCCCCAACCAGGCAUUCAAACGCCCAUUGCCGCCCUCCGAAGCGUCUCCUUUCGUGGAGACCAAGCGUCCCAAAACGUACGUCGGAACUCCACGCCUGGCAGAGACUUUUACUCUGCCGUGCCUGAAGCCUCUACCCAUGUCCGCCUUUAAUGCCUCCCCCUCACAAGAGACCGCAACUCGCACUGAUGGCUCCUCGUCGCCACCGUCCCUUGAGUGCCAGCAGUCGGACGCGUCUCCGGAGCUGCCCGUUAGCAGGACAGCCGCCCCGGAGAAAAGCCGCCUCAUCCCGCGCUCUGAGUCGUCCUAUAGUUUGGUGACUCGUCAGUCUUCUGUUCCUGUUACCUCAUCCGACAGCAUCGAUGCAAGUAUUGUUCGCGAGACUCCACUCUGCAAGACGCUCAGCGAGAGCCAUUUAUCUAUUAUGAAAGCCCUCAACAAGUGCCAUAAUCGCGAAGAAGAACUCACCGGAGAUUUUUGUCGCAGCCUGUCAUUACCCGUCAUUUCUUGUGGUCGGAAUCCCGAUAUAAAGUCAAUUACCCCCGAAACUGUCGCUCAACUCAUUCAUGGUGAAUACAGUCACUUGAUUGAAUCGUAUCAAAUUUUAGACUGUCGUUACCCAUACGAGUUUGAAGGCGGCCAUAUUAAAGGUGCUGAAAGUUGGCACAACCCGCAGUUUGUGGUGGACUACAUUGACAAGGCAGAACGAGUCAUGCCGCCCACCCCCACAGAUCCUAACAAGCGCCACAUCCUUAUCUUCCACUGCGAGUUCAGUGCAGAGCGCGGACCUAAGGCCCAGCGAUUGCUACGUGAGCGCGACCGCACUGUUAAUAAAGACCGCUACCCAGCUCUGCAUUUUCCCGAAACGUAUCUCUUGGAAGGCGGCUACAAGGCCUUCUUCGAGCUUUACCCCAGCCUUUGCGUGCCGCAAAAAUAUACAAAGAUGCUCGAUACCAACCAUGCCGAGGACCUCAAGCUUUGCAGAGCUCGAAGCAAGAGCUGGGCUGUGGAAAAUAAACACGGCAAGGGCAGAUCCGGUCUUUGGUCCAAGCGCUUCAACCGAGAUACAUAAUUUUCUGAUGGAAUCAGUGAUCCUGUGAUGAAUUUUGUGCUCAAUUUUAUACUAUGCUACCGAGUGAAAAAUGAAAGAAUUUCCCGCAUUGUAUGCCAAUUUUUCCCCACGAUAAGUGAGAAAGAAGUGCUAUUUUACUGGAUAUAUUUUAUAUGAGGAAUUAUGUGACGUGUAGAUGCAUCUAGUUUUUAACUUGCAAAAGAAAUUUCGGAGCGCUUUAAGGCUAUUGAGGUAAAUUCACGCCAAAAUUCAUGGAAUUGGUUUGCAUGUUGUCGGAGUGACUGACUGUAAUCUACUAUAGUCAUGUGUCAAGAAUUUAAAUAAAAUUCAAAAGUGUUGGUUAGGUUCAGCUCUCUCAGAUGCACACUUCUUACUUGUGUCUUACGUAUCACUUUAAUCUAAAUUAUUUGUAAAUAAUUGCUGAUUAUUGAAUUGCUGAAUGCGAUUCGGGCAUGCAUCUUCAGCGACAUUAUUUGAGCAGUAUACUAGGUAUAAAUAUUCUUCCUUUCCCUUUAUCUCGAAUUUACGUCGCAUUGUAUCUUCAUAGUUUAGUUAACUUCACACAUGUCCUGUCAAUUCAAUUCCACUUGAUUAUACGCUAAGCGAUGUGAUGAAAAUAACCCACAUAAGGUUCAUAUUCUGCUAUUGAAUUACAUUGACAAAAAAAAGUUCGUUGAGAAAAUCUGGUCACAACAAUUUUCGCUGAGUUGAACAACGUAACAAAACUUAUAUCGUCGACUUACUUACUCUCUUCGUUUCCCUUUCUUUUCUUUCGUCGUUAUUGAUUUGUUCGUCUUGUAGUUCUACGAAGGUUUCAUUGUACAUAUAAGCUUAUGAAAACGCUUCUCUCGCUUAGUUAUUAUUAUUCUGUUCUCAUUUGUUUAAUUUUAUCUUGUUUUACUUGAUGUUUUGUUCAUAGUCAGUGCAAUAGUUGACAUCUGUUAGGGUAUAGGGCAUUCGUACCUCCUUGCUCUGCGUGCAUCCAUACCAAACCUUCAAUGUGUUCAUUUGCCUUUCUUUCCUCUUUCUCCUUUUUUUGGAUCUGGACCUAGCCAUGGCUGGACUCUUCCCCUAAUUCCAUUAAAUAUCUGUACCUUUUCUUUACCUUGCAAGCGAGGUACUAGUUCAAAUCAAUGCAUUUGUGCUUUUGCCUGCUUAGAUUCUGCUGAUAUGUUCUCACUCACUGUUAAAAAUUCAUUUUCUUCAUCUGCGAGCUGUACUAACUUCAUAAACAAACAAUAUAUGCAUUUUGGCCCUCCGCUUUGACUUGCUUAAUUUUUUUCGUCGUCCUGUCCUUUUUUAUUACAUUAGUUUUGAGAUCUACGAUUUAGUGUUUUAGUUUAGACUAACCGUAUUUUUAGCCAACACUAAGUGCUUGGUGAUUCAUCAUGUCGUUCAAGGCAAUUUAGUUGCCCGUCGAAACUUGUUUUUCUUAUUGAAUUAAUUUUCUUGUUACUCUUGCUAGCGUUGGACUGCGCUCACAACGGUACAUGUGCACUGGUACCUACUCAUGUCGUCCAAGUAUAUACGAACAACUUCUGAACAAAUUCUGUUACGAGUUCGACUCCAGUGACCCUAUUGUAAACAAUUGCUACGACAAGAAUUGAAUUCCUUACAACCUCGUUCAAUAUUCAAUUUAAUAUUAGCUUUGACCCUAUUGGCAAUUGUAACGGAACUUAAAGAAAUGCCGUUGCAAGUUCAAGUUCAGCGAAAACAAUUUGUUAACAAGUGCUUUGACAAAAAAUUCAGUUGCUAACAACCUUGUUAACGAAUAAAUUUUAUAUCAGGUUUUAUAUCAAUUGUUAAUCAUAAGGAAGUGGAUGUUGUGCGUAUUAAUGCUAAGGUUGUUGGAGCGCUUGCAAGCUGUUCUCUACUGAGCAUGCAAAUACGAUUCUCUCACGCCAUAUCCAUGUCGACUAAUGUCAUUUCCUCUGCUUCUGUAGCUUCUCGUGUCUAUAUUUUUAUUAGUGACUGACAUCUUCUAAUUCUAUCUCAUUGACCUGAAAUGUUUCGAGUAUGAAUAGCCUUAAAUAUCGAGUAUAUCAGUAAACUCUAAUCACAGCUUUGCUCUCAUGAGACGCGAAUGUAAGGUUUAAAAUUUUGAAUGUCUCAUAUUCUGAAUUGUCCACGAAAUGCUUCAGAAACAAACGUAGUAUAAUCGUAUAUUUAAGAUUUGAUUGAUGAGUGUGUUUUUCUCUUAAGCUUCAGGUACUGAGUAUUAUGAUUAAUCUAUUAUCUAUCUAUGGCUUCUCUAUCGGAACUUUUCGCAAGAAAUUUAGUGAAUUAAAUGGACUUCUGUAUUGGAUAACUGCCCCAAAUUGCGGAGACCUUAAUUGCUAAUUUCGUUCUAAAAAACCGCGUACAGUAAUCGGAAACUCGAUCUCCUUUGUUGGCUUUCAUUGUAUGUUGUACUUAGGUAAACGUCUGCUAACCGUGUGCGCUUUUUCCAUGCGUUCUAAAAUUCAUCAGAUGUGUAGAUCGCACCUAAGAAUCAAGGCAUAAAUGCUGAAUUGCUCGUUUGAGUUUGCUAAGCUGUUACAAGUUACCGAUGACUUUCGUUGACAUGUUUUCCCGCUCUAAAAUACUAUCGUAGACCUCCUGUUCAAUUAACAUCUAGAAGAAAUUGCAAACGACUCGGGUGCGAUCUUUAAGAGACUUCGUGAUAAAGUAACCUUGAUUCUGUCCUAAUGCCAGGCCAUCACACAUGCCAGGCCUGUUUGUUGUAGUUGAAGUCGUUAUGGUUUGCUUCGCGUAGACUUUAAAUCCUAAUUUUUUUUGUUGCGAUUGACUGGACUACGUAAACUAGCACAGGCUUAUUUCAGGCAAGCUCGUUACCACGACCGCAGCUUGAGGAUAUCGAGGAUAGCUACCAUAGGAGCGCUGGUGCAUACCUUCCAUAUGCUUAACGACUACAAUUCUAUUUAUCAAUGUGUCAAUUUAAUUACUUGCCUUUAUAUUCUCAUUGGGCGUGUUUCUAUUAAUCUUGUGUCAUUAAUAUCGAAUAUUACUUGCUUGACGUAAAUAAUGAGCGUUUAAAUGAACUGGGUUGGUUUAUCAUAGACGAGACCUGCGUAAUUACUCACUUGACUCGCCUUCUUGUGUCUGAGUAUAAUUGUCAGCGUUAAUUUGUCCAGCAUGUGUUUUAUUAUUUGUUUUGCGG